GGAUGGAUGGGAUAUAAAGGAAACAGAAGCAGCCAGGGCACACGAGGAGGAGAAAAUGGCGACGGAGGAGAGUAAUUCGUCGGAUGGGGAGUCAAUUACGAUGGAGGAGUAUUCCCGUUAUGAGAGGCAAUACUGGCGUGCAAUGGCCGAAUCCGAAACAGUGCAGAGUGUUAUUGCCCAUUUGCAGAUUGUGGAUGUGGCCACAGAAACUAAGGAAGAAGAAGAUGUGAAGCCGCCUAAUGAGAGACUCAAUGCCAAAAUUGCACAUGUCUACAUAACUUUUAAGGGCUUGGCCAAGUCCCGACGGCUUGUUGAGAUUGGUGAGCAUGUUGAACGCAAAGCUAUCAUUAGAAGAGUCAUUGAUGCUUCAGGAAACUUGACUCUCCUUGGUAAGUUUUGGAGUGGUAAAGAUACUGAGCAGCAGCCUUCUAUGACUCUCCCGAGUGGACAACAAGCUGAGAGUUCUAAAAAACGACCUCGCGCAGGCUAGGCGUUUACCCAUGGUCGUCUGCGUAAUGACAAGAUCCACUAAUGAACUUAAGGAAACAUU